AUGUUACAGAGAGGCAAGAGAUACGAUAUUAUGCUCGCAAUGCAAAAAAAGAUUCGACUUUCAUUGUAUUGGCUUGUCAGAAAAGCUAUAUCGAUUAAUGCAAGCAGAAAAAAAAGCUGCGUGGAAAUGCAAAAUCUGCUUAAAAAGCCAAAAGAAUUAAAAUCUACACGUUCACACACGGAAUAUAAAAACAUCACAUUAAGAAAAAAGACUGUCUCAGCAGCUAAACAAACUGCAUCACCUAAAUCGGAAUCAGUUGUAGAUAUAUCAUCUCCUCUGCUUGAUUCAUGCGGGAUCUAUACGGAAGAAGAAUGCGACGAACUAGAGGAAUCCUCCUUGGAAAUGCUCUCAAAGAGUGAAGAUUACUCAACUAAUAAAAUAUGCGAAAUGCAGGAAAUGAAGGAAGAAAUUAAAGAAUUAAAAAUUAAUCUCUCGAGUACACAAAAUGAGUUAGAGAAUACGAUAAUAGAAAAAUGA